GCAGUAGCACAGCUCUGCUGGAUGCCAGCACUGGGGGGUACCAACUACCUCCGGGGCACCAAGCACGCCUGGGAGCAUGGCUCGACACACCCGGAGGCCUGGGGGAAGGCCACCAGGCAUCUCUGCAGCACUUGUGCACAUCCUCCGCUGAGCUGGGGCCACCCAGCUCUGGCGGGAGACAGCAUGGACUCCAUGUAGCAUGACUACAGCAACACCUAGAAAUCCUAGGAAACUAACGGCCUCCUGCUGAUGUGCAUUACAGCUGCUGUCUACUGCUGGGGCUGGCUGUCAGUGGGGACAUUACGGGCCGGGGAAGCACCACAGGUCAGUGACUGCUGUUGUGGGACAGGACGCUCCUGCAAAGGAGCCUUUUGCUGAUGGUGGUGGCAGAAACCACGGAAUCCUCCGCUUCCAUCCAAAGGCAUCCCAAGCAGCAACUUCUGUUGGGUCUCCCUCUGGGAAAGGGGGAAACCUCCUCUGGGAAGCCCGGGCAGCUCUGCGAGGGCAUGCUCAUGGAGAGCCUUUCCCUUUCAGGAGCUGCCAGAGCAGUCUGCAGUGGAGACGAACCCCUUGCAGAACUCGCUUGCUUUGUUGAGGCAGCAAGUCCACAAGACGCAGCUUCUGUGGGAGCAGGUGGCUCGCCUGAGUGCCGAGAUCAGCAGUGUGAAGAAGGAAGUUCAGCAGCUGAGAGAGGCAAUGCCCGAGACCGCUCUGCAGGACUAUGCCCACAUGUCCGACAGGGCCCUCAGAAGCUCAGGUGCCACCAUCGACAUCCGGAGAACGUCCAAGAGCUACGAGGGGCCAGAGCAUGGGCUCUGCAGGGCUCUGUGGUUGCUCUGCUCUGCUGCAAACCCUCCACAAACAAUUCUGCAGCCAGACGUGACUCCCGGACAGUGCUGGCCUUUCCAAGGGUCUCGGGGGCAGGUGGUCAUUCGGAUGCCUGCACCCAUCCAGCCAACCGCUGUCACCGUGCAGCACAUCUACAAAGCAGUCUCUCCGUCCGGGACCGUCAGCAGCGCCCCCCGACAUUUCACUGUCUCGGGAGUGGACGAGGAGGCGGAAGAAGAAACUCUCCUUGGGACAUUCAUGUACGACGUGGAAAAAGAGGCCAUGCAGACCUUCCCUCUCAAGCAGGAGCUUUCCAGAGCCUUUCAAUACAUAAAACUUUUUGUGCGGAGCAACUGGGGAAACACGGAGUUCACCUGCAUUUACCGCGUGCAGGUUCACGGGAAGGUGGCGAGCCAGACCUCCUCUCCGCAACCCGAAGACAUGAGGAGACCUCUUCUUAAUAAGAAAUAAAAAGAGGAAAACAAGCAAAGGCAGGCCCAGGGACAUGGCAGGGUGCACUGUAACCGGAGGCCUGGGGUAACGGCAGCUGCCGAGGGAGCACCCGACCCGGGGUAGCGGCAGGACCGGGGCUACUGUCACGGACCCAGGGCAACAGCAGGGUGGGAAAAUGGCACGCGAGGUAACGCCAUGCUCCAGGGUAACAGCACGGCCCUUAUUUGACACAGCAGCCCGGGAGAGCAGCACGUCAGUGGAUAGCUCUAGAGCCGGGAUAACGGCAAGGCCUGGGGUGAUGGCAGCCCCUGUUAAUGGCAGUCCCGGAGCAGAGGCAGCCCGGGAAGCCGCUGGCUGCGGGUAACAGCAGGGCUGCAGCAGCGGCAGGAGCAGGUAAGGGCAUGCUCGGGGUCCCGGAAGGCCUAGGCACCCCAGCCCGCACAGAAGGACCCUUUCAGUCCCUGCCUGCAGAGAGGGACCAUGUCAUCAGUGCCAGCUGCUGCUUUAGCCAGUGCAAAGAAGCUGGACUGCUGUGGCUGGCACUCGACAGAGCUUCUGCUUGAGGGGAGCCCUGUGCCGUGCUCGGAUAGCCUUCACGCUUCAUCCGCAUCAUGCUCCUGGCCCCGUCACCCUGCUCCCCCUUCUCCCCUCCACCCCUCUCAGAAAGCACCAAACCAUGCUGGGCAAGCAAAUGCCCCGCCUCUCCCAGCAAGCCUAGCCCGGCUCCUCCAGCUUGGCAAAAGACAGCCAGAAGAGGCGCCAGACUUGGGGAGCAAAGGGGCAGGCUUGUGCACAGCGCGGCACAGAGCACCUCUACAAGGAGACCUCGAUACGGCAAAGCAGCCUGGGUUGAAACACCUCCCCCUUGUUUCUGUGCUUCCCCCAGCGCCAGGCUCUCAGCAGGGCCUUGGGGCU